UUUUCAAUGGGACUUCGCUGCUCUAAGCUAUCUCUCUGUUGGUGGCCAACACAUCAGAAACCAACUCUCAACGACGCUUCUGAUCUUGAAAACGGAACAGACGAGUUGCCGUCGUUUACUGAGUUCAGCUUCGACCAACUACGAGCAGCUACUUCAGGUUUCUCCACGGACAGCAUCGUGUCCGAACACGGCGUUAAAGCUCCUAAUGUCGUUUACAAAGGCAGACUCGAAGAUGGGAGAUGGAUCGCUGUUAAACGCUUCAACAGAUCCGCUUGGCCCGACACUCGUCAAUUUCUUGAGGAAGCAAAAGCUGUGGGGCAGUUGAGGAGUGAGAGGUUAGCGAAUUUGAUUGGUUUCUGUUGUGAAGGAGAUGAGAGAUUGCUCGUUGCUGAGUUUAUGCAUUUUGAAACUCUCUCUAAGCAUCUCUUCCACUGGGAUAGCGAGCCAAUGAAGUGGGCGAUGAGAGUGAGAGUGGCUUUGUAUCUUGCACAAGCACUAGAGUAUUGCAGUAGCAAAGGUCGUGCCUUGUACCAUGAUCUCAACGCUUACAGGAUCUUGUUUGACCAGGAUGGUAACCCGAGACUAUCUUGCUUUGGUCUUAUGAAGAAUAGUAGAGAUGGGAAGAGUUACAGUACAAAUCUGGCUUUCACACCUCCUGAGUACCUAAAAACAGGGAGAGUGAUUCCAGAGAGUGUGGUCUACAGCUUCGGAACGCUGUUGUUAGAUCUUCUCAGUGGCAAACACAUACCACCAAGCCAUGCGCUUGAUUUGAUUCGUGGGAAGAACUUUCUGAUGCUAAUGGACUCAGCUCUUGAAGGUCAUUUCUCAAAUGAUGAUGGAGCCGAUUUGGUUCGCUUAGCUUCACGUUGUUUGCAGUAUGAAGCUCGUGAAAGGCCAAAUGUGAAGUCUCUUGUGACCUCACUCGCUCCUCUUCAGAAGGAAACUGAUGUUCCUUCUUAUGUCUUACUAGGGAUUAUUCCACAUGGAGCUGCUUCUCCAAGAGAAGCAACCUCACUGAGCCCUCUUGGCGAUGCUUGUUCAAGACUUGAUCUCACCGCCAUUCAUGAGAUUCUAGAUGAAGUGGGGUACAAAGACGAUGAGGGCACAGCAAAUGAGCUCUCAUUUCAAGUGUGGACCGACCAGCUUCAGGAGACGCUAAACUCCAAGAAACAGGGAGAUGCUGCGUUCAAAGGAAGAGACUUUGUCACUACCAUAGAAUGUUACACGCAGUUCAUUGAAGAUGGGACCAUGGUAUCGCCAACUGUUUUUGCAAGGAGGUGUUUGUGUUAUCUGAUGAGCAACAUGCCUCAAGAGGCGCUUGGUGAUGCAAUGCAGGCGCAAGUAGUGUCUCCUGAGUGGCCAACGGCAUUCUAUCUUCAGGCUGCUGCUCUCUUCAGCCUUGGAAUGGAUAAAGACGCUUGUGAAACCCUUAAAGAUGGAACUUCUUUGGAAGCCAAGAAAUAUAACAACAGAAACUGA